AUGCAUCUCUGUAUUCCUAGUAAUGUUGGAAAUAAUAAAAGAUGGUCAAUCUUCUUGGAACUGUUAGAGUUAAAAGACAUGGCAAACACUAGUGCUUCUGUCUGGUGUUUGUUUCUUAUUAUGAUCCUCUCCUAUGAGUUCCUUUACCUCGAAAUUAUUAAAUUUGGUUCAUGUGAGAGUCAAAAUGUUAGUUGCAUUGCAAAGGAGAGGGAAGCUCUUCUCAAAUUCAAAGACGGUCUCACAGAUCCCUCAGGGAGGCUCUCUUCUUGGAGAGGAGAAGAUUGUUGUAGCUGGGCUGGUGUGCAGUGCAGUGACAAGCUCGGACAUCAUGUCACCAAGCUCAAACUUCCCAACUUGUAUUCCAAUAAUCCUGAUGUGGAUGUAACAUCUUAUGCAUUAGGUGGUAAGAUACAUCCUUCUUUGCUUGAUUUGCAAUAUUUGAAGUACUUAGACUUGAGUAUGAACAAUUUUGAAGGAGUCUCAAUCCCAAACUUCGUCGGAUCACUCAAGACUUUGAGAUAUCUCAAUCUCUCGGGUGCUUUUUUCGGUGGACCAAUUCCUUCAUUUCUUGGAAACCUUACCAACUUGCACUAUCUUGAUCUCAAUUCUUGUUUUAGUGACUCAAACAAGAAUGACUUACAUUGGUUAUCAACCCUUUCCAAAUUGAAACACCUAAAUUUGGGAAGUGUUGAUCUUAGCAAGGUUGGGACGUACUGGCUUCAAGCUGUCAACAUGCUUCCUUCAUUAGAGGAGUUGCACUUACCAGCUUGUGGACUUUCCAUUCUUCCUCUCUCAGUUCCCCUUGUUAAUUUUUCAUCCCUUUCUGUGCUUGAUCUCUCAAACAAUGGUUUCAACUCCUCUAUACCUAGUUGGCUUUUUAAUAUAAGUGGUCUUGAGUAUCUUGAUCUCAACUCAAACAACCUCAGAGGCGAAAUUCCUGAUGGAUUUGCAGGCAUGAUCAAUCUUCAAAACCUUGAUUUGUCUAAAAAUUCAUUUAUUGAAGGCAAGCUGUUGAAAAGAAAUUUGGGAAGCCUCUGCAAUUUGCAUGUGCUUGAUCUCUCUUUCAACAAGAUUACUGGUGAUAUAGGUGAAUUUAUCAAUGGCUUAUCUCAAUGCAACAAUUGCAGCUUAGAGUCAUUGCAUUUGGGUUACAAUGAACUGCGCGGCAUUCUUCCUGAUUCCUUAGGACACUUGAGGAACUUAAAACAUCUUUUUCUCAUGAAAAACUACUUUGUAGGUUCCAUUCCCGAAUCCAUAGGGAAUUUGUCUUCAUUAGAGGAAUUCUAUCUCUCAGAGAAUGCAAUGGAAGGAACAAUUCCAAGAAGCCUUGGACAACUCUCCUCCUUAGUCUCAUUAGAUGUCAAAGGCAAUCAAUGGCAUGGUGUUAUAACAGAAGCUCAUUUUUCUAAUCUCACAAACUUAAAGGAGCUAUCCAUUGCUCAAAUGUCUAGGAACAUCACCUUGAUUUUCAAUGUGAGUACCAAUUGGAUUCCUCCUUUCAAACUUACAUACAUAAAUCUCAAAUCAUGCCAAGUAGGCCCUAAAUUUCCAGAAUGGCUAAGAAAUCAAGAUGAGCUAAAGACUGUAGCUGUGUGGAAUGCUGGGAUCUCAGGCACCAUCCCAAAGUGGUUUUGGGAGUUAGAUUUAGUUUUGAAUGAACUAGACUUCAGUUACAAUCAGUUAACUGGUACACUGCCAAACACCAUAACGUUUAUGCCUCAAGGUAUUGUUUUCUUGAACUACAAUAAUUUCAUAGGCCCUCUACCGAUUUUUUCAUUGAAUUUGACUUCAUUCCAUCUUGACCAUAAUAUGCUUUCUGGACCGAUUCCUCAUGAUAUUGGUGAAAGAAUGCCCAUGUUGGCUGAUGUUGAUCUCUCUUUCAACUCCUUAAAUGGUUCUAUUCCCUCAUCCAUUGGAGAAAUGAGUUUCUUGCUUACUUUUGUCAUCUCUGACAAUCAGUUGACUGGAAAAAUUCCUGAUAUCUGGAAUAACAUACCAGACUUGUAUCUUAUUGAUAUGUCUAAUAACAGUUUAUCUGGGGAUAUACCACAUUCUUUGGGUUCUUUGACUGCACUUAAAUACUUAAGAUUGAGCACAAACAAUCUUUCUGGGGAACUCUCACCUACCCUGCAGAAUUGCACACUCAUUGAAACUCUUGAUCUUGGCGACAACAAGCUUUCUGGAGACAUCCCAACUUGGAUUGGAGAAACGAUGCCAUCUUUGUUGAUUCUAAGUUUGCGGUCAAACAUGUUCAAUGGGCAUAUUCCAAGACAAUUAUGCAAUCUUUCCCUUCUCCAUAUACUGGACUUGGGAGAAAACAAUUUGUCAGGAUCAAUUCCUCGUUGUAUUGGCAAUAUGAGUGGAUUUUCAACCAUUAUUAAGGAUAACAGAUAUGAGUCGCAGUUGUGGGUUGUGGCAAAAGGAAGAGAUCUCUUUUAUGAUGUUUAUCUUUUUCUUGUGAAUAGCAUAGACCUUUCAAGCAACAACUUAUCUGGAGAUUUCCCUGAAGAGCUGACAAAUCUCUCAAGAUUGGGCACUUUGAACUUGUCAAUGAACCAUUUGACAGGAAAGAUAUCAUCAGGUAUUGGUCGCUUGCAAUGGCUGGAGACACUCGACCUCUCAAGAAAUCAACUUUCUGGCAUGAUCCCACCAAGCAUGGUCUCCUUAACUUCAUUGAAUCACUUGAACCUUUCAUAUAAUAACCUGUCAGGUAAGAUUCCAUCAGCCAACCAGUUUCAAACCUUCAUUGAUCCAUCCAUUUAUGAAGGUAACAGUGGACUUUGUGGGCUACCACUACCAACAAAGUGCAACGGCGAUGAUGAUCCAACACAUUCCCCUGGCGCAGGAGACAAGCACAUUGAAGAUGGAGAUGACAACGAAAUGCUGUGGUUCUAUAUCAGCAUGGGACCGGGAUUUGUUGUGGGAUUUUGGGCAGUGUGCGGGCCCUUAAUAGUGAAGAAAUCUUGGAGGCAUGUCUAUUUCCAAUUCCUUGAUGAUACGAAAGAAAGGGUAAUGGUGUUUGUAUCAUUAAAAUUAGCUCGCCUAAGAAGAUCAAUGAACAAGUAA